AUGGAGCCCGGGCCUGCUGCGAGAUCGCCACGCUCGUUGGAUCUACCGCGUAGAAUUCAAAAGCGACCUGGCACCACAAGAGAGCGCACAGGUUUUUCUUCCGAUGGCCAUGUACAGCCCGAUCCUCCUGGAUGCCCUGGUAGCAUGGGCCGGUGGGCAUUGUCACUAAGACAUGGGCAGUAUCAACGAGUUGCACUCGAGAGCCAUGGAUUGACAAUGAAGAACCUGAUUGGCUCGCUCGAGUCUCGAAAGAGCUCGUUUGAAAUGAAUCUAGCGACGCGUCUUGCUCUUUGCUCGAUGGAGAGCAUUAUGCUAGGCCAGGAUGGUGCAUGGUAUACACAUCUUGCUGGUGCAUCGGGAAUCAUCCAGUCCCUUCAAGCUGUGCCCGAGGAUGGCCCGGAUGGGAUCUUGUCCAAGUUCAGUGACUAA